CGAGGGGCGGUAGCGGACCAGCCGCAGCAGCAGCAGCGCGAGGGGGGCGCGGAUGGCCGUUGGGGGCAACGGCAGCAGCUGCAGCCGCCGCUUCAGGAACCGGGCGGGAAAGCGGGCGCUCCCCUGGCUGCUGAGGUGAAGCGGCGGCGCCCGGACGAGGAGGAAGGGGAGGGGGCCGCGCUUCUGCCGCCGCCGCCGCUGCUCUUGGGCGAAGCGGAGGAAGAGGACGCCGACGACCCGCCCGCCUCCGCGGGGCUCUCCUCCCUGGGCUUCUCUCUCCUGCGCUGGUGGCGGCGGCAGAAGCGGCGGUUCUUCUUCUCCCCUCCGCCGUCCCCGCUGGGGACCCAGCGCAGCUGCCCGUGCGCCGCCGCCCGCUCCUUCGCGCACUGUUGUCAUGGAGGAGCCAAGAUGGCGGCCCUGGCCUACACCUUGGGCAAGCGCGAGAUCAACCACUACUUCAGCGUGAGGAGCGCCAAGGCGCUGGCGCUGGGCGCCGUCCUGCUGCUCGCCGCCUGCCACGCCGCCUCGCGCCGGUACCGAGGUGAUGAUAGUUGUGAGCACCUUCUCUCUAGUGGAAGAUUUCUUGGGGAGAAAGUAUGGCAGCCUCACGGCUGUAUGAUGCACAAAUAUAAGCAGAGUGAAGCAAAAACAUGCCUCGUAGACAAACAUAUUGCAUUUAUAGGUGAUUCUAGGAUCCGUCAGCUGUUCUACUCAUUUGUGAAACUCCUGAACCCUCAAAUUAAGGAGGAUGGAGUCAAGCAUGGAAACAUUCCUUUUGAAGACAAAUCAUCCUCACUUAAAGUGGAAUUUCUGUGGUAUCCGGAAGUCAAUGGCUCUAUGAAGCAGCUUAUCAAAUCUUGGACUGAAGGUUCUUCUCCAAAGCCUCACAUAGUUGUAGCAGGAGCUGCUGUGUGGUCUAUCAGUAUUCACAAUGGCAGCAAUGAAGCCCUCACACAGUAUAAAAUCAAUAUCACAUCAGUUGCCCCUCUUCUGGAAAAACUGGCAAAGAGCAGUGAUGUCUACUGGGUCCUACAAGAUCCAGUUUAUGAAGAUAUGUUGAGUGAAAGCAGGAAAAUGAUCACUAAUGAGAAAAUAGAUGCCUACAAUGAAGCAGCAAUCAGUAUCCUGAACAGCAGCUCAAAAAACUCAAAAGCUAAAGUAAAAAUUUUCAGUGUAUCUAGGCUGAUAGCGGAAGAAACUAUAAGUCAGUCCUCAGAUGGUAUACACCUUUCUGAAUCAAGCAGAGAAAUAAAUGCAAUGAUUCUGAUAAACAUCCACUGCAACAAGGUUAUAAAGCCCAUCGAUGGUUCGUGCUGCCAGCCUCAGCCUCCUGUCACUUUGAUACAAAAACUAGCCUUUGGGUUUUUUGCUUCCUCCAUAAUUGGAUAUUUAAUUCUUGUUCUCAUACGUCGUAACAAUCACCAGAAGAAUAAGCCAUGUACAGAUAUGGAGAGUGGAGAAGAGAAGAAACCUGUCACCAACACUACAGCCAUUUCUACUCUAGAGACAGCCUUGCAGUGUUUAUGCAGACUUGGUUUGAUAAUGGGUUACUUCUACCUAUGCGACCGAGCAAAUCUGUUCAUGAAAGAAAACAAGUUUUACACUCACUCAUCCUUCUUCAUACCAAUCAUCUAUAUCCUAGUGUUAGGGGUGUUUUACACAGAAAAUACUAAAGAGACUAAGGUGUUAAAUAGGGAACAAACCGAUGAAUGGAAAGGCUGGAUGCAGCUUGUCAUCUUGAUCUAUCAUAUCUCUGGAGCAAGCACUUUUCUGCCAGUGUACAUGCACAUCCGUGUAUUGGUUGCUGCAUAUCUAUUCCAAACGGGCUACGGGCAUUUCUCAUACUUCUGGAUUAAAGGAGAUUUUUGCAUUUAUAGAGUGUGUCAGGUUUUAUUUCGACUGAAUUUCUUGGUUGUGGUGUUGUGCAUAGUGAUGGAUCGGUCUUACCAGUUCUAUUACUUUGUUCCUCUAGUCACUGUCUGGUUUAUGAUCAUAUAUGUUACAUUAGCUCUAUGGCCUCAAAUAGUCCAGAAGAAGGCCAAUGGCAGUUGCUUCUGGCAUUUUGGUUUACUGCUGAAACUAGUUUCCCUGUUCAUCUGUAUAUAUUUUCUAGCAUAUUCUCAGGGUGCAUUUGAGAAGAUUUUUUCUAUUUGGCCAUUGUCCAAGGGCUUUGAACUAAAUGGGAGCAUCUAUGAAUGGUGGUUUAGGUGGAAAUUAGAUAGAUACGUCGUUUUUCAUGGGAUGUUGUUUGCUUUUAUUUAUCUAACAUUUCAAAAACAGCAAGUCCUCUCAGAAGGAAAGGGGGAGCCACUCUUUCCAAGCAAAGUUUCAAAUGUUUUAUUAUUUAUUUCAGUUGUUUCUUUUUUGACGUACUCUAUAUGGGCCAGCAGUUGUAAAAAUAAAACUGAGUGCAAUGAAAUGCAUCCUUCGGUUUCAGUUGUGCAGAUUUUAGCUUUUAUCCUUAUCAGGAAUAUACCUGGCUAUGCACGUUCUGUAUAUAGUUCAUUUUUCGCUUGGUUUGGCAGAAUUUCCCUUGAGCUCUUCAUCUGUCAGUACCAUAUCUGGCUGGCAGCAGAUACCAAGGGGAUCUUGGUCCUAAUUCCUGGCAAUCCCAUGCUCAACAUUAUUGUCAGCACUUUUAUAUUUGUGUGUGUGGCGCAUGAAAUUUCCCUGAUCACAAAUGAUCUUGCACAGAUGGUUGUUCCGAAAGAUAAUGCAAUUCUGCUGAAAAGGUUGCUCUGUGUGGGUGGAUUUUUUUCUGGACUUCUCUUUCUAUCGGCAUUUCAAGAACAAUCAAGGCAUUAGCGUUCAAUAAAUCCGAAAAGCUUCGCUUCAAGCUUACAUUGUGUUUGCCUGAGCCCAAAACUAAAGAAAUAAAAAUCAACUGGAAUUACACAAACCAACCACAACUUCUCUGUGUCUGGGCAACGAAGGAAAGCUAUCAAAAUGAAGGCAACUGAACAUAUACAUGGUGGCAAUGUCACCCCUUUGCAGGGGGAUAUCCACCCACUAAAGGAAGAAGAAACAGAAACACACUGUAUACUACUGCGUGUGAAAAAAGACAUAUUUUCUACUUGAGCGUUUUUCUGGUUUACAUCUCUCUCGAGAAUUAAAGAAUGGUGUGUGAUUUGCUCAAGAGGCAUUUAGAGACUAUUGCGUCAAUUUUACGUUGAGACAUUAUCAAACUGUUAAUAAUUACUAGCAUAUCAUAACUGAUGCAUUUGUAUGUUUCAAAGAACUGCUUUUAUUGCAAGAAGUAAAACAGACCCUGAUCCUGGAGCCUUAAAGGCAGUUAAAUUCCUGUCAGUUUAUUAAGGAAGCCAGUUUAUUAUUUGUGGACAGCACCGUGUUAAAUGGAUUAACAGCUGUAGCCUUUUCUUUAAAGAAUUCAGCAUCAAUGUGUGGUCAGGUUUUUCUUACUAUUUUUGGAGUGUUUCUGAAAGUAAGAGGUUAGUAACUUUUUUCUGAUUAAUGCAGUGGUAGCCAAUUUGACACCCACCCUCCACCAUUUUGUGAGCAGCUCCCAUUAUCUGCUGGCUGGGGCUGAUGGGGAAUUAUAGUCCGUAACAUUGGCUACCCCUGGAUUACUGGUUUUCUAUGGCUACUACAUAUCUAGGAAAGCCUUCAAGCACUGGAGGAAAAUCACAUUAAUUUAUAAUCUUAUCCAUGUUUACAAAGUGUAUAGCAUGCCAUAGCAUUUCAAUGAUCCAUUUUCAUUCAUUUUCCUAAGUUUUCAUAAUUUUGAAUGUUUGAGUGGUCUCAUGUUGAUUUUUCUAAAAUCAUUGCUUUUUCAUCACUGUUUUUAGUUUACAUAAUCAGUGCUUUGUAUCUUACAAUAUUGGUUUCCAAAUUUCACUGAAAAUGAAAAGUCCCCUGCCCCUCUCCUAUCACGUUUUCCUUUUGUCACCUGUCAUAGGAUUGUACUCACACCCUGUAAAAAUAAUAAUAAUGAGGCAGCUAGGAUAUUAUUCAACUGUGCCCCUUCUCCAGCUGCAAGCAACUGCAUAGGAAUUGGAAAUGUUUAUAUCACACACACUUCAGUGUAGAGGUCAGGUACCUAGCUAUGACUAUUAUGAUCCUGAUGGUUUUUUCAUUUUGGUAGGAAGAGGUUAUUAUCUUGCAUUAGAGUACAUGAGAAGAGUAUUUUACUAGUGACUAUUUUUAAAGGGCUGCAGCCAGACAGUGUGUUAAAAUCAGCGUAGUUUUUCUAUCCUUAAUGGAUAGAUUAAACAAGCUUUACAUUCUAAAAUGUUAGUUUUCUGUUCUGGCCUUUAGGAUCACAUCAUUUCUAAUGUUCUCAAUUUAGCCUAGUUACAAUCUUAAGCGUGCUGUGCAGAUGUGAAAACUCCAGCAGUGCAGGUUGAAGGAACAGAUUGCAGCAUAAUGGAGCUGAAUUAUUUUUAUCCUUUUGAAUUCAUGAUUCUAGCCGUAUUUUUGGCAGCCUCAAGGUACAUUAAAGUAGUAAUAGGACAAGUACGGUACAAAUUCUAGACACCAUCCUAAUAUCUGUAUAUCAUGUAGGGGUUUGAUUCAAAUUUCAUGCUUAGCUUCCUUUUCAGAAGCUGUCCCUGGAGUAUCUCAAAUUGCUGUUUGAGCAGUGCCAAUUUCAACAGGCAGUUUGGGGCUUCUUGUAGGGAAAUAGUGAGCAUCUACCAGUGAUACCUUUAUAAAGUUCUUGUGCCCAGACCCCAUUGAUGGGAGUUUUAAAUAGCAUUUUUGGAUUGCUGGGGGGAGGUAACUUUUACAGAGAGACUUUGGCUAAAAGAAAUAUAGGUGCACACCUGGGAGUGGGGCGCUUGAUCCUUUUGAGUCUUGGCCUCAGUGGUUGUCUCUGCUAUGCAUAUGAUUUUAGGGCUUGAAAGAAUGACGACAGUAUUGGUUUCGAUGCAUACACACAAUUCUAGGUAAUAAUGAAACAGUAUGGCUUUUCAUUUAUGGGCUGUGUUUCUGAUGUAUACUUUUGACAGGGGCAACUUUGGAAUCCUGUCACAGAAAAUCAAAUUUAAAUAUAAUUGGGGGGGGGUGUAGGAUCCCGCUAAAUAAAUGAUGGAUCUCAAAUGAAAUUCAUUUAAUGCUCAAGUUGAACUGUCUCCCUUGCACUGUUAACAAACUACAGUGUGCAAGCUCCAUACACAGUUGCCAGUUUAUUCACAAUCGUGUAAAACUGUUCUUCGCCACUGAUUGUUGCAUUUUUUUUGUUUUUCACUUCAGUUUAGCUAAGCCAGUGAAGGUUGGCAAGCCCGUGGGCUGCAUGUACAAUUGACUUGUAACAUUUAAGGAGUGAGAUGUCUUUACUUAGGGGUGGGAACUUUGUUAUGUUUAUAAACCAAGUAUUGUAGAUAUUUUAUUUAUCUGUUGUACAGAUUUGGUUAAAGAUUAUUUUUUAGGUUUGAAAUAUUGCACUUGUUUGCUAUUACUGUAUGUGGAUAAAAUAUAUUUUCUUUUAAAGUUAUGUGAAAAAUAUGAAGUAAUUUAAACAUUAAAUAAGUGUGCUGUGGGUGCCUAUUUUUGUACUGGAAGGAGCAUCAAUUAAGCAGAA